AUGAUCAAUGCUCGAGAACAUAUUUAUGAUACAUGUGUUCAGAAUGACGAUGGGGCAGUCAGUCAAAUUUAUACUUAUCAAGCCCAAAACAUAGCAUAUUGUCCAGUAGCGAAGGUUGGGUCAACAUUCUGGAAACGUGUUCUGUUGUUCUUGCAUAAUGACACUGGUAAAUUUAAUGUGGACAGUCCUUUUCAAAUACCACGCUUUUUUACUCACUAUGGACCUAAAAAGAGAAUGAAGCGGAUGACGUUUGAUGUCAUUUCUAGAGAGUUUAUUAGUAAGCAAACAAGGUUUAUGUUCGUAAGGAAUCCUUAUUCUAGGCUGUGGUCGGCUUACCUAGAUAAAUUCUUUCUGCCAGAUUUCUGGGGUAGAGCUGCUAAAGCCAUUGUGGCUUUAAGAAAAGAGAAGCAAAAAUUAAAAUCAAAAGUGUGCGGUCAUGAUGUGACCUUUUUGGAAUUUCUCAAGUACGUUUUAUCAUUAAAAGAGUUCCUUUCUAACCCAGCAGUCUUCAACGAACACUGGCGUCCGAUUCAAUACAUGUGUAACCCUUGCCAAUAUCGUCCACAUUUUAUAGGAAAGUUAGAGACGUUUUCGCAGGAUUCAAAGCACAUUAUCAAACAAUUAGGCAUUGAGCAUAUUUUCGCUAACGAUGAAGGAUCAAAAUAUCAGAUAGAAGAAGAACUGAAAACUUUAGUUGAUUACAAUUUUAAACGAAUUACGAUGAGAGAAGUGAAAGACUGUUUAACACCAAACGAACUUGCUGUCCGAUUGUGGACCGUGUUUGAAUUUAACGGUUACCUUCCGUUCGGAUCAAGACAUGUUCUAAAUGGCACUGCAAACAUGACUGCCGAUGCUUUUCUAGAACUAGUCUUGAAGACGAGGCGCUUAGGAGCAAGCUAUGAAGAUCGUUGGAAAAGACAAAGACUGUCAACAUUGGAAAGUGCCUAUAAAACCGUUCCUGAUGACGUCAUGACAGGCUUGAAAGACCUUUAUAAAAUGGAUUUUGUUCAUUUCAAUUAUGAUCCCGAUCCUUUCAAAUGA